AUGUCUGCAGAGAUGUGGCUCCCCAAGGCAGAGCUGGAGAAGAAUCCCGAGUACAUCGAAUGUCGUGAGUAUAUGGCUGAGCAUCGCAUCCAAGAGCUCCUCAACGAUCUCCUGGCAUCAGUCGCCUUCCACAAGCCUGAGGGAGGCAGGGAGGCAGUGAUGGCCUUUAUGGCACAACAGCUGGAACGUCGCAGUAGAGAGGGAGCUGAGGCUGGGGGUCUGUUUGAUAUGAAGGAGAUCGAGUCGGUUUUCCGUAUGGCUGAUUUACUAAAGCAGGGGACUAUCACUAGGGAACAGUGUCGAUCAGCGUUGAAGGCUCUGGCCUGUUCAGCGAGGCAAGAGGAGCUGAUUGAUGGUACAGUUGGUCAGGGGGGUAAGGCUACUGAGGGCGGCCUGGAGAUACCAUUGAAGGUGGACAUGUCUACCUUUGUGGACCUAGCUAGGAGGGCUCUCAACCUACGGGUGGAGGACAUAGCCGUGUCAGGCUGA